AACUAAAGACCAAGUGCUAUUUGAAGGCAGUCAACACUUUGAAUCACUGUGGAGUUGGGCCACUUUCAAAGGACACAGCUGAGGAGAUUUAUUGCAGACUUUUACACUUCUCUGGGCUCUUCAUUGUAAUAUGCACUACAGUAACUGUCUGUGGUGACUGCAGCCCUGCUACAGGUUCAUUUUGUGCUGUGGUCAGAGGCUACAUGGCUUCAGGUGGAGCUGAAGAAGACGAUGGAGGCAUUCCAUUGGACAUCGACAAUGUGCACAUGGUCCUCCAAGUGGAGCAUGAACAGAUUCAGAAAAGGACUUUCACCAAUUGGAUAAAUGCUCAACUUGCUAAGAGAUGCCCUCCCUCAUUUGUGUCAGACCUGUUUUCUGACCUCAGAGAUGGGUCACAGCUGCUUGACCUGUUAGAGGUGAUGAGUGGUCUGUCGAUGAAAAGACAAAGGGGCCGUGGGGUUUUCCAGCAGAGGGCCAACAUUGAGACAGCACUGAACUUUCUCAAGAAAAAGUCUAUUAAACUGGUGAACAUAAACAUCCCAGAUAUCAUAGAUGGGCGGCCGUCCAUCAUCCUCGGCCUCAUAUGGACCAUCAUUCUCCACUGUCAUAUUGAGGAGCUGGCCAGUGCUCUGUCCUUCAGUUCUCGUCAUUCCUCCCUCGACUCUCUGUCCAGCCUGGACUCCUGGUCUGGCAGCCCUGUCCCAGCUAGUCCAGUCCCUUCAGGCCGGACGUCGCCGCUCCACCGACGCUUCCGCAUAUCUGCCAAGAAGGCCCUGCUCAUGUGGGUCAGGGACCAAUGCCAAAAAGUUCAUUGUUCUGUCAGUGUGAGGGACUUUAAAUCAAGCUGGAGAAGUGGGGAGGCCUUUUUGGCCAUCCUGUGUUCACUCAGACCACAGCUAGUCGAUCUCUCACUGGUUCCAUCCAGAAGCAACCAGGAGAACCUGGAAGAAGCGUUUCAGCUGGCUGAGCGGGAGCUCCACAUCCCCCGCCUGCUGGAGCCCCAGGAUGUUGAUGUUAAAGACCCUGAAGAAAAGUCCAUUAUGACUUAUGUUGCCCAGUUUCUGCAGUACUCCAAUGACAUGCCUGCACCUGAUGACCACCUACAUCUGUUUCCUCUGGUCCAGACCUCUUUUCUCUCACCUGUGAAUUUGCAUCCUCACAUCACUCCAGCAAUUGCUAUGUCACCGUUGCGCCAGGUUUCACCAAGUGAGCGAGCACAGGAGGUGACUUCCUGGCUGCAGCAAGCCUAUGAGGAACUGUCAGAAGCAUGGACAGCUGCAGAGAAAUCAAGCUAUGCAGAAAAAUAUCAAGUGUUUCAGAGCCUUGCAGGCUCCUUUACUGAACAAAGGAGGCCAGUGAUGACCCUCUUUUCUGCCAUAAGACGCUGCCCUGGGCUGAACCAACACCAGCAUAUUCUUAAGACUGCAUGGGACCGUCUGGAGGAAGAGCUGCAGAGGUGUAAAACAGACCUAGACGUGAGUCUUCCUCCUCCUUUGGACUCGGUCGUUGUGUGGCUGCAGCGUGCAGAGGCAGAGCUAAAGGAAGAGAAAGGAAAAGUGAAAGAUGAUGCAGAUGCUGCUAAAGAAGCAAGAGCACAACAAGACACCCUGAAGACUUUAAAUAAGGACAUGAGUCAUUACAUUAAUAUCCUUGAUACUUACCACAACAUGGAUGACUCAGGGGAUGCAAUAGUACCACCUGAAAAGUUUGAUGAGAUAAAAAAACGUUUAACCAACAUCCGAGUCACAGCCAAAUACCAAGGGAUCAAGCUGGAAUACCAGGAAUCCCGACACACUGUACUGGACCUCCUGAGACACGUCAGUGCUAAGGUCCAGUCCUGGAAAGCUCCCUACAGGUCUCAGGAGACCAUACAUGAUCUUCUGCAGGACUGGCAUGAAACAGUUGAGCAUCAAGGUCUGCUUUUGAUUCUGUCGGAUGCUCUCCAAAAUCUGAAGGAGAGGGCGUACGCUUAUACCAGCAAAGCAGCACUAGGUGAAGGUUCCCAGCUUGUUGCUCGUCAGGUGAAGGAAGCAGAAAGCGAAGCUGACUUGGUCACACGGGCUGUGGUGACUGCUAGAGGGACGAUGGACAGAGUGGUGUCUGCAUGGGAGACCUACAACAAGUGCCUCACUGCUCUACAGGCAUGGCUGGCACAGAACACACAUUUACAAGCUCAGUCUUCUUCAGCGUCAACACAGGAUAUGACUGAGUGGACUUCAUGUCAAGCCCAGUUAAAUGAGGCCGGGAACUUUCUCACUGAAGUGACAGAAACUUCGACCAGCUUCACUCUGGCUGAGCAACUCAGCAAGGUCAACAUGCAGUGGGCUGAAUGCAUUAAGAAGGCCAUGUUUGAGGUGUCAUCAGAGCCCAGUGUUGGUGCCUCAUGUCUUCAGAUGGUGCAUUCACUGACCCAGGAGGCUGGCUGUCUCUUGGGACAGCCAUUGGAGGUGGCCUCAGCCCCACUGAAGGCCAGCAGAGAGAAACUACAGUUACUCAGUAAAAAGAUGAUUGGAGUGGACGUGUCAUCUCUCAGCGCUUCCCAAGACUUCCAAGCAAGCCACAUAGAAAAACUCCAGCAGACUCUCCCACAGAUGCUUGCUGAAGCAGAGAAGACCUGUGGGGAGCUGCAGAGGGCUGCUUCCAAACUGGAAGGUCAUCUGGCUGAGCUGGAUCACUGGAGCACAGAUGCCCUGGACUGUUACAAUCACAUAAAGGAGAAAAUGCACAGAGGACACUCAGCGCUGGCCUCUACAACCAAAGUGCUGAUUUCUCGAGGCUUGCAGCUAGUGAACCAGGUUGUAACUGAGGAUCAGGAUCUGCAGGACUUUGUGGCAGGACUACAGAAAACCUCUCCUCUACAGCACCUCAGUACCUCUCGCAUGCAGCACAGGAUCUCAGAGGCAGUCUCCCGCUGCCAGGAGAUUCUUGGAGUGUUUAGUUCCCUUGGGUUUAAGCAGCAAGUUGGUGAAUUUCCUAAUAAUCAGUCGCCUUUUAAAACAGCAUGCCAGACACCGAAACAGCCAAAGACUGGAUUUUUAGUUGUGGCCAGAACCAAACAAGGAGACCAGACUGAGAAUGUUGUACUGCAAACGCAAGACCCAAAUCAACUUUCACCUCGGAUUCCAUCUCACACACCUCAACAAAGGACAAGAGGUCUACAGGGUUGGUCUAAGACCCUGCACAUGAGAGCACAAGAUGAAAAAGACAUUGUUACACCCCAUAUAGUAAUCCAAAUGAUGCCUCAGCCUUUGAAGGAACCAACACCUCAUUCAUUCAUUCACUCUCAUCUUGCUCAGGCUGCAGAACAAGGUGAAUUUGAGCUUUUGAUCCAGCCACAGUCAUUUUCCAAUUCGCAUCCUCAAGCUUCAAGUUUCAGUGAAAAUGAUCAGUCUCUAUCUGUUACUAAUCAAACUCCUGAUGGACCUCAAUUCCAAGUAAGUUCAGUAUGGUCUAAAUGUGCAGCAAGUUCAGUGGUAGAGGAAAAGGAAAGCUCUUCACCCUCACAAACUCACAGCAGCAAGCACAAAUCCAGCAUACCUGGGCAACCAAACACUUCACAGAGUAAUAAACCUCCAGUUAUGGUCCGCAGCGAAGUUCAUUCAAAAGCCCAGUCGAUGGCGAGGAGCAGGCUGGAGAAGGCCAGGUCCCGUCUGCAGGGACGCAUCCAGCAAGCGAUCAAGUUAUUUGGUGGCAAAGAGUUUUCAGAAUCACAAGUCAAGAAGAAACAGAAAGCUUUAAAAAUGCUGCAGCCUUCCAUGCUUGAAGAGUUCCUGGGUGCUGUUGAAGGUUAUGGGGCCUUCUGCUCUGGGCUCCAGCUCCAGGACUUGAUGCUCCUCUCUGACUCAGUCAGAAAGCAGUGGGAGGAUGUACGCAGAGAAAUGGCUGCCUUUGUUCCCAUCUUGUGGUCUAAGAUCAGAGAAGGGAAGCCGACAUUUUCAGUUGUGCAGUAUGGAAUGCAUACUAACUCUUUCCGUGAAGCUACUGACCAGACUGACCGUGAUUUUUUGCAGCAUCAGGCUGUCACUGAGGGAGAUGCAUCUGUUGAGGAGGGUGUUGAAUCACUUAGAGAGCUGUGUGAAACACUGACACCAAGGAAAUCUUUGAGCCUCGCUACAGAUCAGCUGAUAGAGUCAGAUGAAGUGCAGGAAACGCAACCCAGUGACACAGCACUCCCAGCUGACGGCAGGGGACGGCAGCUCGGGGCAAACACCCCGCUGAGGCCGACUGACAUGUCCGACGACACACAGUCGAGCAACAAUCCCCCACAGCAACAAAGUGUGGAGAGCCAACAGCAAGAGCUGGUUACUGCUGUGUCAGCACAACUUCAUGGUGAUGGUGAGAUCCUCCAACUGCAAGUCCAAGACGACCCAGCAGAGGCUCAGCACCACCCUAGUCAAAGUACAGGCUGUGUGGGAAAGAAAAAUCAAAAGCCUUCACUCAAAGCUGAAGAGCAGCUGCUUAAAGCUCGUCUGCUGCACAUCACAGAGAGCAGUCAACAAACCCAAUCGCAUAUACAGGCACUUGUCAGGAGCAACACUGUGGAGAAAAAACAGAAAGCUGAGUUCACCGUCAUCCCAGAGACAGUCCCACCACAGCAAGAGCAGCUUCCUGAACAGGGAGUACUGGAGAGAAUGUCAUCUCUGGAGAACACUGCUGCCCUGAUGGAGUCUGCAGAUGAUCAGAAGACACUGAUCACAGAAAAACUGAACCAGAUCAUCAGAAAGUCAGUGGACAUCUCCCCUUUGACCUUGGCAGAUCCUACAAUGAUAUCUGACUUAAGGGAGAUAGAUGACAGACUGCAGGCUGAAAUCAGGAAGCUAUCAGAACAAAGCAUUGAAGAGGAAAGACAAGGGCCAGAAGCCACGUCCCUGUCACCCAUCUGCCAGGCGCUCCACUGCAGUGUCCAUCAUCUCAAGCAGCUCAGACAGCAGCUGGGGAAAGUUCAGUCAGCUGCUGAGGCUCUGGAUCGCUUCCUGGCCACAGUGAGAGAAGUCAAGGCCGAGAUCCCAACCCUGCUGGCAAACCAGGACCCGAACAGGCAGAAAAAUGAGGCCAACUGGGAACAAGGGAGACAUUCUUGGCAGGCAGCAAUGCAGAGGUUGCAGGCUGCUGCGGAACAAUCUGAUAGUGUUGACGGUAGUUUAAACGCAGUGGGCAUGACUCUGACCAUGGACGGUACAAAUGUGACAUGCCAGGAUGUGGUGAAAUCCGUGUCCAAGCAUGUUGUGGAGAUGGAGAAAAGGUUGGUGAUGGCCAGUAAAAAACAAAGAGAGGAAGAGCUUUUUUUUCUGGAAAAGGUAAAAAUACUGGAACAUGAGGAGCUGAAUCCUGUGGAGAGUUGUCUGAUGAAAAUUGGGAAUAAUUUUCCACAGCAAAGCAGAACACAGGAGCAUUCCACGCCAAGUGGGACAGAAAAGGAGUUGGCGCUGGAGCCUAAAAGGAGUAGGUUGGAAGGAGAGAACUACACAAAGACACAACGAGAGGAAGCUCAAACAAUGAAACCUGACAAUGUUUUAAGAAUCAAGGAACAGAGACCAAGACGAAGAAGUAGCCAGAUUACGAAAGAGGGAGAAGAGAAGCAGGAUUUGGUCCAGAGGAGAGCUGUGUUGCUAGCAGCAUUGAGGGAGACAAAGACUGCAGCUGAGCAGCUGAGGCUGCAGGAGCCCAGUCUGCCUGCUCUGCAACAGAGGACACGUGCCUUGACAGAGUUGGAAAGUUCUCUUGCUGGCCUCCUCUCGGAGGUACAGUACAUACAAGAUGCAACUUCACAAUCAGGAAUCCUUGAUGAAGAUCAAAUCAGAGAGAUGGAAGAUCUUUGGGAGGAGACAACAAAAGCUGUAACUGAACGGCUGGAGCAGUGUUGUGUCCUAACAGAGCUGCUGAAGAAGUUUCAGAGUCUUCAUGGUGAGCUGAGUGGGACACUGCAGAAAGCAGAAAACACCAUCAGUAAUCAAGCCUCUUACAUGGGGAAAGAUAACCUGCAGAGACUACACACCAAGGUCCAGGAAAUCAAAGUCGAGCUGAAUGGCCUUGGGGACAGCAUAGAGGAGAUCCGGAGCAUCUGCAGGCAGCUUCACACUCGCCUACAUCAGAUACCAGACUGCAAUAGCAUCCCAUUUGAGAGUGAAGCUGAUGCUCUCAUGGAUCGGUGGCUGGAUUUGUCGGAAAGAACAGAUUCUUAUCUUGAAAACCUGCAUCUUGGCUUGGCUCUGUGGGAUGGAGUCCUUCAGCUGGGGACAGAAGUGGAGAGCUGGACAAACAAUACACUGGCAGCGUUUGCUCAGUGUCCGUCCUUUCAGACUGAAGAUGACAUCGAGUCAUUGAAGAAUGAGAUUGCAACUCAGGAGGAGAGCAUACAGCGUUUCCACAGAAGAGCCAUUGAGAUUCAGUCACUGCUUCAAAGCACAGAGCCUCCCCUGGAGCUGCAGGUGGUGGAGACUCAGGUGAGAAAGAAGAUAGAACAGCUGAAGGAGCUUGUUUCUGAAGCUGAGGAUGUGUACAGACAGAUGGUGACUACGAAGGGGCAAAUUACUGGGAGAAUGGAAGAAUGUUUGACUUCCCUCCAGAUGAUUCAAGAAUCACUCCUCACUCUUAGUGGGCCCAGUGUUGCAACAGUCCUGGCAAAACUUAAGGAACUAUGUUGGCAGCUUCACACCCAGGAUGAGCAGGCAGAGAGUCUGCAGGAGGAUGUGCGUGUUAUAACUGCCAUAGCAGGUCCAGAGUGCCUUCUGAGUCUGUCUAUAAAUGAGACUCAGCUUCAAGAGAAAGUCCGAAACACCCAUCAGCUUUUCUCCAAAGUAGAAGAACAGACUGAGAAGAACAUCCAGGAUCUCGACAGGCUGCAAACAGAGACUGACCAUCUGGAACAAUGGCUUCAUGCUGCUGAGGAAAAAACAGCAAAGGAGGAGGAUCUUAGUCACUUACAAGAGGAAGCACUUCAACAAAGCAUGAGGACAGAGCUCCUCAGUCAGCUUGUUUCGUCUUUACAAAGCAGCAACCUUCAUCAGUUGGCACUGCUGGAAGUGAGUGGAAAGCUGAUGGAACGAUACCACAACUUCCACACUCACAUAUUAGGGGACCUAAAGGAGACGCAGUUCUCUCUGAGCAAGGACAUCGAGGCCUUUCAGGGAUUAGCCAAGUUCACACGGUCAUGGGUCGAGGAUUUGAGACAAAUUGUGGACUCUGCUCUUGUCAAAAGCCCUGGGAGCCUGAGUCCUAUAGAGCAGAGACUUUACUGUGCUCAAGUUGUGUUAAAUGCGACAACCGAGGGGGAGACUCGCCUAGAAGAGCUCAGAGUUACUGGAGACAGUUUGAACUGCAAACUGUUGACUAGAGAUGACCUGAAACAGGGAAUUCAGGAAACCAUUCAGAAAACAGAGGAGCAGUGGAAGAACCUUCUGCAGUCAGUUGAGCCUCACUACAGUGUUCUGCAAGCUGAUCCACAGCUCACUUCUAUCUACCUGGCCCGGAGACAGGAGGCCAGCCUCAGAGUGGAAGAGCUGCACCAUCAAACUGAUCAGCUUCCCAUUUUAUUCCCAUGGCCUGGCACAGCUGAGCGUACACAAACCUGCCUUCUUGCCCACCAACUGUGGGAGGAAGCUGAAUCCUUGCAGUUAACACUCACCAGCCUGUCUGAACAGAGGAGGGAGCUGGCUGAGCGAACCAGCAAUUCCAUCUGGAAAGAUCUCUCCUGGAAUGAGCUAGACACUCGCUGGUCUGCACUGAUGGCUGAGCUGAAGGGUGUGAGCUCCCGCCUCGAGGAAGGUGUGAGUAAUGAGCAACACUUUGGCCAGUUGCUACAGGACUGCCAUCAUAAAUUGACAUCCCUGCAGGAAAGGAUGUCAGUCUGUCAAGCCAAAAAGGAAAGUUCAGCUGGACUAAAUACUGAUGCACCCAGUCUGGAGGUUUUGCUACAAGAAGUAACAGACAUUGAAAAAGACAUUUUACAACUUGCAACACUCAAGGAUGCUAUCAUAGUCAGUUCCACAGGGGAGGCUCAGGCAGGUCUCUCUCAGCAAGUCAGCAAUCUCCAAAACCACAAGAGGGUGCUAGAGAAUGGCAUCAGAGAAAAUCUAGGACUGCUUAAUAGGGAUCAAAGAAUUCAGCAAGUCAAAGAAGAAGCCUCCUGUUUACAGACAGCACUGAAAGACCUGACUGAAAAUGUAGGGGAUCUGUGUGGGACCCUUGAAGUGUUGCCUGAUACCAUCCAUCUGAAACAACAGUGGUGUGCUAUAAAGGACUUGGACACCAUGCUAACAGAGCUGGACGCAAGAGUUAACAAACUGCAAAGGACAAGGGACUCAAGCAUGAUGCAGGAAAUGCUUCCCGCAGAGAUCAUUUCGACUAUCACUGCACUUUUUAAGGAUCUUGGCAGCCUCACAUCCAUUUUUCAACAAAAGAAGAAGGAAUGCGCAGAAAACGCUGCCAACAAGAUGACGGAGGUCAUCAGCCAGCUGCACCAGUGGAGCCAGAGAAUACGAGCCAAGCCAGCAUUACUCAGCCAGGCAGCUCUGGAUGAAGGUUUGCAGCUUCAACAAGCACUUUAUGAAGUGCUCUCAGAACAGCACUUUCUUCUAGACUGUCUGGGAGCAAAAGUGUCAAAGGAACUGGAGAAAAGUGCUUCAAGUGUUUUUAAUGAAAGUCAAACUACAGUUGAAACCCUCUCCAAAUGCCUGGUCAGUCACAGUGGCAGUGAUGUGCAAAUAGAAAAUGUAGAGUUGUUGAGCAGAAGUAAAAGUAAAACACCACAGUCAUCUUCAGCUGAUGAAACUUCAGUCAUGGGUCCGUCUUCUGCAACAGACACCAAGGAAAACUCAGAAAGUUGUCAGAAUGACAACAAAAUUAACACUAACGGCACUUUCCACACUUCAGAAAUAAGUCAUCCUUCCACUGAGCCUGUCACAGACUUGUCAGAAGGAUUAAAUGUGGAAGCUGAUGCCAGCAAGCAAGACAAAGCAUACAUUCCAAUGCAAAAAGUAGGCAUUUCUGUCAUGGGUGCAAGUCGCCUUACAGAAAAAGAUGAUGAUGCCUUUGUCCCUAUUCAAGUCCCAUGUUCAAAAAUUUCAGAUGUUUUACCCUCAAAGGCCCAGCAAGAAUCACAACACUUAACAUUAACUCCACAAAGUCUAAAGCCAAAUCUUGGGUCAAAAGCUGAUAAAGGCAUAUCGUACACUGACACCAAUCCUCAAAGCAGCAAGCACAAGACACUUUCUAGAGAUAACACAGAGAUGUUAAUGUUAGACUUGCUUCCUACUCUCAGUAAGACUUUAACAACUCAGGAAGCAAACACUCAACCAUUGGAGGCAGACACUGCUUUGCCCAAGCCAGAAAGCAAUUCUGUUUCUACCACUGAAAAUAUGUCUGAGCAUCUGGCAGCACAACCAGAGGCCACUACAGAUGCCAGAUGCCAGGACAUCGCUGUGACCACAAAGAAAGUGUUUACAAUUGUGUUGGAUGUAGAGCCAAUGGACAUGCAGCGAAGCGAAAAUGCUGGUGCUUCCAGUAUAGAUACACUAAGGUGCUCUCCGGAAGCAGAGCUGUGUGAUGCAGUGCUGACAGAAUUGACGAAUACAGGAUUCCCUGACAAGAAGCCUGAACCCUUUACAACUCCAGUUAGCCCAGAAUCAGAUGUGAGCAGCUUUCAUUUAGCAGUACAGUCAGAGACAUUUAAGACAGUCACUAAUGCUCAACAACAAGAAAAGCACUGUGAGGAUGUCUGUUGGAGCCCAGACAAAAUAUUUACUAUAGUGUUGGAUGUGGAGCCGCAGCCAUGGGACAUGCAGCAAAGUGAAAGUGUUGGAGCCAGCAGUCCAGAUGUGCUCAGAUGUUCACAGAGAGUGGAACUCUGUGAUGCACAGCUCACUGAAGUUUCAAACGAGGGACUCCCUGAGAAAAAGUCAGGACUCACUCCCACAUUAAUCAUUCCUGUAUCAGAUGAAACAGAUUUUAAAAGCCAUUGUUUGAGUUCGGAAUCAGACUCUUUGGUGUUAGUAAAUGCAGAGCUUGAGGAGGAAACAUCUGCAAGACCCAAACUGCCACGUGAAGAACACCACAUAAUGUGCGAAUUAGAGCAUAAUGAGGUGUUGACUUCCUUCAUAUCAUCUAACACGGUCACUGAAUGUCAGCUCACUCAUGCAGAUGCAACAGAAACAACAUUUCCUGAUGUCAAACAGCAAAAGGCGGCAGAUUUCUGCCAUUCUGGGAAACAAACAGUGGGCUCAGUCUUGUUCAGUGUGGAGGAUUCUGUGCAAAUUGGAGAUGAACGGGUGACGGUUGCCGACACUGCACUGAACACGGGUACAUCAAAUGAGGAGAUAGCAGAAGGAGAAAACACAGAAGAAGCAAAUGACACUGAAUACAUAGAAAGCAAGCACUCAAAAGUGAAAGAGAGACGAGACAUUGCUACGCUAUCAGAAGAAGAAAGUGAAUGGAAGUUGCCUGCAGCGCUGGAGGACAUGGGGGCGACACAGGGACAGCCUCAGAGCCAAGAAAGCAUGGAGCCCGAGAGGACAGCGCUGUGUCUAUCAGCUGGUCUGGCUGCUGCUGAGACAUCAGGUGGAUCAACAAAGUCCUCCAAACACAGGUCCACCAUGCAGGAUAUUUUGUCUGAGAUCCAGAGCUUGGUGGAAAGAAGUAACAUAAUAAAUAGAACACCGCACAUUGAUUUAAACUGGUACCUGAAGUCCUCUCUUGGUGAACCAGAGAUUAAGCUGGUACGGACUGUUCAACAAAUUUUGGCAUGUCGAUAUCAACCAGCACAACUCAGUGUCACAGCUAUGACCAAACAACUGGGUGAGGCUGAGGAAUACAGGCGCUGUGUGCAGCAGCAAGUGGCUACAAUGAAAAACAUGAGUGCUACUGUGGUUUGUGACCCAAAUGCCUUAAAGAAAGCUGAAGGUCAAUGGAGUGCUGCACUACUCGAUGCCUCUGCCACCGUGCAGGUUAAAGCUGCACAGCUGGAUCAGGUCAAACAGUACCACAGACAGAUGACGAUCACCAGAGCUUUUCUGGAGGUUUUAGCUGCUGAGAAGGAAAAAAUGAGCUUAAAUGCUUUGGGAAGCAGUGCCCUUCAGGCUGAAAAACUCCAUGUUCUGUUGCAAACCAUGGAGAGGAAGAAAGGCAUGAUGGAGGACCUAUUCCGAUCAAGCGGCCAGUUGUCAGUCCACUUGAGUGAUGCUGAAAGUUCAGGUGCUCUUCUCGCUCAGCUUGGAGAUGUUCAGGAGGAAUGGAGGCUUCUAGAAGGAAGUAUCAAAAGAGCUCUGCGGCAUGCCUCAAACGCCACCUGUCAGUCCUCACUUCUUUUAAAAGAGGCUGAACAGCUUAAAGACAAAUUUGAAUCUCUUCAGUUAUCCACCUGGGAAAGCCUUGAGAGUAAAAGUGCUUUAGAACUAGUUUGUCUGACCACAGACCUAAAACUGUAUUACCAGCUUUAUCGGCAUUUACAGUCCCAGUCAGAUGCCCUCAUCAAUUUUUCCCUGGGUCAGAAAGAGAAGGAUGAGAUCGAACAUUGUCUUCAGGGAUUGGGGACCUUGCUCAGUGUCACCAAGACGAAACUUGACUCCUUCACAAAUAGCCGUGGAGGCAAUUAUUCGUGCAAAAUCAACAAGCAACUACAAGAUUUGAUAGUAUGGGCCAAGCAGGCAGAUAACCAUAUCUCUGUUGGGGAAAAACUAGCUCUUUUCCCUGAGGAGGCCCGUAUUCAGAUUGUUGAAAUGAAGAAAUUUCAGACUGAUAUUUUGUCUAGACGAUCUAAGAUGCAAGUACAAGUUGAAGAAAUAAAAGAUGUAGCCUCCGAUAUGGAAAAAGAAGAAAGCGACCAAGUAUUGAGGACAGUAGAAGAUCUAUAUCAAGCUAUCACUGACAGCUUGGAUCAUGUUCUUGACACCAUGAAGAAGAACCUCAAUGAUAGAGAGAAACUGUUGUGCGAGCUUGCUAGCAUGGAUGCCUGGCUAGCAGAGACAUAUGCUAAAAGAGACCCCUGCACCCAUGUUGAGAAUGUUUCAAAAGCUGAUAUUAAAAAACUAGAGAGUGAGCUAAAAAGUCACAAACUAACCACAGUGGAGAUAGAGACGCAACUAAAACUGCUGGAGGGUAUGUCAGAAAGUUGCAAGAAAAUAGCCAUCGGGUUGAGUCCAGGAGAGAGCCACUACCUUGUCAACAGACUUUCAGGCCUUUGGACAGAAUUAGAUGGGUUGCUAGCUCAUGAGAAAGCCACCAGCUGGGAAUUAGAGGAGCUAAUUCACGAACGGACCUCUUCAGAUGAGGAGUUAUCUACCAUUCAGGCAAGCUUAAAACAAAUUUCGGAUGAUUUGGAUCAAGAGAAGUUCCCUUUGACACAAGACACCCUUUCAGUGGUUACAAAUUUGAAACACAUGCUAAUGGAGCAUCAGUGUCAAGUCCAGGAGCUUCAGCAUUGCCAGGAAACCAAGCGGAGCCCCUUGCUUUGCUCCAUUGGGGAACUACAAGACAGGUGCAAAGCUCUUAGUAGGAAUGCCUUUGAACAAGAAAAAUAUCUGCACCUGAGGAAACAAAUGGAGGAGUCAAGGGACAUUGUCAAAGGGCAAAUCCAGCACUCCCAAAACAAAGCAGUCAGUGUGGGUGAGAGGUUUAGACAAUGCCAAGCACUCCUUGUUGGACUUCCGCUUAUCAAGACACAAUGUCAAGAAGCAGCUGAUCAACUGGAGGUCAUAGCUCAGGAGUUGCAGCCAUCUGAGCUUAGUUCAGAAAGGGAGAGGAUUCACCACACUGUGGAAACUUUGGUCUCCUGGGAGAACUCUGUCACAGAUGACAUCAAAAACUUAGAGACCAAGCUCCUGUUAGGUCUGAAAUUUAACUCUGAGCUUCCUGCCUUAAUAGAGCAGUUGCAAACUAUAAGACUAAUCCUGGAGGGAGCCAAACCAGUCAUUCCAGAGGAAAAAGCUAUAGAUAUUGUACUACAGCAAUAUUGGGUAAUUUGGAGAAAUAUGGAGUCUGGGAUGCGAGUGUUGGAAGGUCUGGGCCGGAAAGAAAAAAUGAACCUGAAAAACUACAAGAAUCUGUAUUUUCUUAGAGAUACAGUCAUGCGAGAGUGCCACUCGUGGAUGGUCAGUCUAUCCCAGGCUAGAGAAUCCUUGAAAGAUUAUCAGUGGGCUGCUCAGGGAGCAAUAGGCUUUCUUCAUAAUGCUGAAGCAACCUUCUUAUCAGCUCCUGGAGGGUUUCUGGAUUGUACUGAGGAACAAAGACAGACCCAGCAGGCUUUAGAAACCCUUGAAGAUGGAUUUCAAGCACAUAUUUGCCACCUUGUGGAACGGGUACCCCAGCAACCCUGCCUCUCCCGCCCAGAGAUGGAGCAACUCCACAUCAGCAUCGUCAGCCAGUUGCUGGUUGGAAGAGCUGUGCUGGAGGCUCAGGCCCAACUCAGGCUGGAGACCUUGCAGAGGUGUGAAAUAAGACAACAAAGUCACAAAAAGUGUCACGAAGACAUCCGACAGCAUCUUUCAGGGUUUGAAGCCAGGCUUUCAGAAUGUGCUGCAGAACAAGUGGGGUCAUAUGACAAAUGCGUUGCCCAGCAAAGAAACGUUAAGCUUCUGAUGGAAGAUAUUCACUGCCUUGCUGGGAAGAUAGAGGACCUGAGAGCUGCAUGUCCGAUGCAUGGUUGUGGGGUUGGAAAGGAUGGUGAGCUUGGUGCUCUCUGGAGACGAUGGGUAUCAUCACGACGAGGUGUCGGCCUCCUGAUGGCACACACAGAACAGAGAGGAGAGGAAUGGAAGGACAUUACUACAAGUAUGGAGCAGUGUUGCAGCUUUUUGACCAGUCUUCAGGCUGAGGUUCCAGACUCCUCCACUGUGAGCUUCACUCAAGAUGAACCCCAGGAGCUUCUCGCCCAGGCUGAGGUGUACCAGGCUGGUUUAGAGCAGGAGCAGCAGGCUUUAGCGUUCCUGGAACAUCAACUGGAACACGCCCUGAGCUUAUCUACUUCCCAGGAUUUCAUCAGCCCUGGACCUAUAGGCAAAACCCUGGUGAAGAUCCAAGAGAAUGUCAGGAGCUUGAAAGAGAGAAACCUGCUGGUUGUAGCUGCAGCCCAGGCAGAGGAGAAAGAGAGACAGCAAGUCCAAGAGGAGAUAGGAGAGGUUGAGAAACACAUGCUCGCCAUUCUCCUGGCUCUGGAAGCAUGUUCAACUCCAAACAAAAGACAGGAGCUCAGGGAGGAUUUGUCCACCCAGAAGACCAAGCUUAAGUGUAUCAUGGACAGUGUACAGAGCCGAUAUGCAGAGAUUCCCGCUGAUAUUGGAAGGCUGAUACAAGAAGUUCAGCUGACUCUACAGAGAGCAGAGCAGAAGCUCAUGGAGAAGAACAGCCCAGUUGCAAAACUGGCAAAUAGAGUGAUUCAGCUGGGUUCUGGUCUGGAGAAAGUGAAGGAAUUACUGGAGCAGAGAAAUCCAACAGUCAGUGAAGCACGAAAUGUCCUUAAGCAUGUGUGGGAUGAGCUGGAUACAUGGCACAGCAGCCUGAUGCUCUUGGAGAACGAGGUGCAAGAUCUUGCAGAGGAACUUCCGGAUCAAGCCCAGCUUCUUACCGACCAACUCACCCAGCCACUGCAGAUCUACCAAAAUGCCUCGCAGAUGGCUGAGCACCGCACUGCCUUCCUCAGCAAGAUUCCAGCCUGUCUUCAAGAGUUUGAAGACAUACUCAGCAGUGCCACCUGCUGGUUAGGAGAGGCCCAGUUGUGGCUCAGUACUCCCUGCUUGUUCACAACAGCCAGAAGCCUCCAGAAUCAUGCCAAGUCCUUGCAGUUGGUGUUGGAAGACUCCGAGAGGAUCAGUCACACACUUCAGGACUUCAGGCCAGUGCUGGCUGAGGUUUCUACUGUGUGUGACAUGAGUAGCCAGGAGGAGAGACUGACCCAGACUGACCGACAAGUCCAGAAAAUGCAAUGCAAUGUCCUUGAGCCCCUGGAGCAGCUGCUGCAGGCUGUUGCAAUGGUGGAGGAGAUGGAAGCUGAGCUGAAAACUAUAGAGAAGAAUAUCUCGAAAAUCAAAACGAUUUUAUCCUCUGUGGACAUCUCCAACAUAACUCUAAUGGAACAUCUUCAAAACCGAGAGGUGAUCCUGGCCAAUGUGCGGUCAAUGCAGAGGACACUGGAGGAGAUAGAGAAAUGCAAAGGAGAGCUUCACAUCCCACAAGAAGCAGAGGAAAGUUUGCUGGUCUUCUCCAGAGCCAGACUACUCCUGCAGCCGCUCGAGGAGCUGGAACAACUCACCCAGCAACAAGCAUCAUUGCUGGAGAACAAGAUUAGAGAGGAGGAAGGAAAAAGUAAAGAUCCUGGCUUUACCAUAGCUGCUGAAGUGAUGCAGGAGCUGGGCCGAUCUCCACAUAGACGCUUAGUCCAGCAGGAGGCUUUUGAGGUGUCUUAUUCAGAGGAAGAGGAGGAUGAGGAAGACGAGAGUUGUCACUCAUCAUCCUCUGACACACUAACAUGCAGUAUUCCAGAGGACCUGGAGGAGACACUCAACCUGUCCGAUGUGCAAAGUGAGGAUAUGGCUGAAAUAAAGCUGUUGUCAGAUGUUAAGGAAGUGGAGCAUUUGGCUGAGCAGUUUUCUUCGGAAAUGGAGAUGAGUUCAGAAAGUGCUGAAGCCAGGCUCUUGUCUAUGAAGCCUGGGGUUGAUACCAACUUUGGAUCUAAAAAUGCUGAAAAUGUAUUAAUAGAGCUGGACUCUGCUGGCAAAACUUUCAGUCCUAUAACUGUGACAACUGAGUCACUAAACACUGCCACCAUCCCAGCAGCUGAAGACCAGUUUGUAACUGCUGCUACUGACCAGCACCAUGAAUCACCAAAACAUGAAACUUUACACACUGUCCCUCAAACAAAGUGCCCUCAGGCAGCUGCUGCUUUGGAAGACACAAGACUGAUUCCUUCGAGACCUAUAACCCCAUUCACUUCCAAAAGAGCAUCAGAUGAGUUCUUAGAGGAGGAAGUUGAAGACCUAUGUUUGUCCACAGCUCCUCAUCCGGAUCUUGACACGUCUAAUAGUCUGAAAAGUGAAGUCAGCUCCAGUCACAGACGACUGGUGGAAGGAUCCCAGCAACCACAGGAGUUUUCUGAGAUGCCAAUCAGCUUGGCUGAAUGCAAAGAGGAUGACAAGGAGUCAGAAAGGUGGAACCAACUUCAUUCCCAGAUCUCUAAAAAACUGAUCACUUUGACAAAAGUUAAGGAAGAGCAUCAAAGCCUGAUCAGUGCAGACGAUGGAGGGAACAGUGAAAAGGUUCCAGAAAGGGAGUUGAUAUCAACUGGAUCUUCUUCUGCAGUUCUUCAGCGGACACAUGAAUCCAUCACCAUGCUAAGACAAAUAGUAUGUGUAGUUGAGUCUGAGGUGAGUGCUACAGGCAGGUCUACAGGUGUGAAGAAGGAGUUACAUGAGGCUGUACGGAGAGUCCUGUUCUGUCUGGACUCUUUGACUGACCUGCUGUUGACUCCUGGUGGUUCUGGUGAAGAUGAUUCUCAGCUGAAGCUGCUGCAGCAAGAGUGUGUAUCAGCUGAGCUGGAGACUCUAGUGGAGCUGCUGAGUGAAGUAAAGUCAGAGACUGGACCUGCACUUUCAAAGGACGAACCAGAUGCUUACAGCUGUUUGACCUGCCUUCAGGAUUGUCUUCAUACAGUCCAGCUGGUCUUUACCUUCCCCCAUAAUCAGCUCACUGAACAUCCAGCCAUCAAGAACCAACAUCAGGAGCUCUUCUCCAUCCAGCCGUGUCUUCUGGAUGUGGUUGAGCUGGGACAGAGUGAGAUCUUCCCUCGUCUGAACGAUGCGCCGAGUUUGGAGUGUGUUCUGGGCAGACAUCUGAGAGAGAGUCCAGGGGAAAAAGCCAAGCUGCAACAUGCUUCUCGGUCCUUGCUUCAGGGGAUAGCUCGCCUCCUGGAAUUGGGUGAAGAAUGCAUAACAGAAAGACAGAUGAGCCAGGUUCACAACUACAGUAAACUUCAGACCGUUCUCUGCAGACACAAGAAGCUCCUGCAAGUCCUCAGGUCCCAAUUGGCUUAUGUCCAGCAUCUAUUCCAACAUGAGCCAGAAGCACUCAAGUGUCAAGAGGAUGAACGGGUACAGCUGGAAGUCAGGGCCAAAGCACUGCAGCAACAGGCUCUGGAACAGGAGGUGGCUUCUCAAAGGAGGCUCCUGGAGUGGACCCGCUGGGAGGGUAAUUGUGCUGGACUGGGAAGGGUGCUGGACGAGUGUGAAGCCUUCAUCAGCAGCGGGGCACCAGAGGGAGAUGACGAUGAGGAGAAGCUGCAGCACAGACUGGAUGCCUGCCAGCAAACGCUGGUCCGGCUGGAUGAGAGCAGAGCUGCUUUAGGACGGCUGCUGGAUGACGAGAUGGUGCUGCAGGCAGAGCCAUUGUUUGCUGCCUCCGUCGGUCAGGCAGGAGGCGCUCUGGAGCUGCGAUGCAGGAGUGUCUCUAGGCGGACAGAGCAAGAGAUUCAGCGCUGCAGAGACAUUCAGGACACUCAGACCAGAUUCCAGACUGACUUUGCCUUGCUCAGUGAACGGCUGCUUGGUGCCAACAAACCUUUGAAGACUUUGUCAGAUCUAGCAGAUGCCUCUGACCUGAGUCAGGAGUGUGUUCACAGCAAUCUGACCAAGCUGCUGGACUUCUCCAUACAAGUGGAAGCUAUGUCAGUGCUGAAGGAGUCUGUAUCUAAAGAUGGCACUCGGCUCCUCCACCUGCGGGAAGCUGAUUGUCCUGGACUGAGAACUCAGCUCACCCAGCUGGAGGUCAGCUGGAACAGACUGACCUCUGACCAGUCCAAGAUACAGGAGCAACUGCAGCAGCGUCUGCUGGCAGCACAGCCACCAGUGGAGCUGCUGUCUGACCUGGAGGACCGGCUGAAAAAUAUGGAGGCUCAGCUGAAACAGGAGAAAGAAGGAGUCCUUAAGGCCACAAAUGCAGCUCAAAUCACUGAAGUCCUGUGGCACUACCAGGUGUUACAGGCAGCUGUGGCCAAUGGGCAACUCCUCCUCGAUUUCCUCUGCCAGCCUGCACCUCAGACGGUGGGAGCCGACAUCCAGGCUCUCCGCUCUGAACGUACAGUGUUCUCAGAGAAACUGGGCACCUUCAGACUGAAGUGGCAACACUUUCAGAGGGAGCUGGAAAAUCAGAUUCGUGGAACUGAACAGAUACAUCAUAACUGUGCAGGAAGAGAGAGACAUUUGCAGCGUCUUCAUGGCUGGAUAGAGCGGCAGAAAAUACAAGUGAAUCUGUGGAAGCAGCCCACCAGCCAAACGCUGGCUCACAAGGCUCUGCUGGAGUGGGAGGCUGUUGUGGGCAGAGUGAGGGAGGUGGCUUCAGCUGUGCAGGAGCUACAAACCAGACGAGUACAUGGUGAAAAGGGAGAGGAGCACCCAAGUGAUACUACCUUUUCCACUAAGGCAGAGAGCACCAGUCAUGCUUGCAGGGAUCUUAGUCAACAGAUGGAAGCUCUGAGACCAGUUCUUCAACGGGCUGUGGAUGACUGGAGUUGUUUUCACAGAAAUCUACAGGAUGCUAUCCUGCACACCACUAGGUUGCGCUGUGCCCUGCACCAUCAGCAAGCUCCCCUCUUUUCACUAAAGCAGGCAGAAGGAUACUCAGACCUCCUCCAGCAGCUCCAGGGAGAGGCUGGUAAAGGAGAAGAACUUUGGACGGCUGUGGACAAAUCCUGUCAGAAUCUUGUGCAGACUCUCCAUCCAGGAGCAGCACAGGCGCUGCAUGAUCAAGUGGAAGGAGAGCGAAAACGGUGGAACGACAUUGUGCAGGAGAUAAAGGAUGAAUACAUAAAGACUGAAGAGACACGUUCCCUCUGGCAGGAGUACACUCGCCUCUCUGACAACUGCUCUGUUCACCUGCAAAACCUCUGGCAUCAGUGGGAGAAGCUGUCAAAUUCUUCACUUUCACCUGAACAGAACACACAAGACACAUAUUACUCAGUAAAAAAGUUGCAGGAGGCUGCUGAAGACUUGCAAGGCAGUGUGGGAGAAGUGCUGGCGGUAUCCAAGCCUCUUACUGGACAGCUAGAACCUCUACCUGCAAAUUUAAUCCAAUCAGAAACCAGACUGCUGUCACGUGAUAUUCUGUUGCUAAACCAGGCCAUGUCAGGGAAAAAGAAAAGUCUUCAGGAGGACUUGGACCAGCAGAAACUAUUUCAUACUCAACUGGAGGCCAUUGAAAAGCAGACACGGAACUUACUGAAUAAAUCGAAGGACACAGACUCUGUGCAGCAAGUCCUCUUGGAGCUCAGCAAUCUUUACCCAUCAGUGGCUGAGAUUAGGGAGAUGGGCAGCUGCAUGACCCUGGCCAAGCAGGAGACCGAGAGACUGCACAUGCUGAGUGGGGACUGGGUUGAAAGCAUGACUAGUGUAUCUGACAUGAACAGAAAGUUGCAGGCUGAGCGUCAACAUUCCCAGAGUUUUCAGGAGAAAUGUAAGAACCUGACAUCUAUCCAGGAAAAGCUUAAGCAAGAAUCAGUGUGCAGAAAACCUCCAAGUUAUUCAAGCGUCCAAGAGAUGCUGGCUGUCCAUCAGAGGCUUCAGGCUGAAAUAACUGCUGGACAUCAGUUUCUACAGGGUCUGCUCUGUGACGCAGUCAGGUCUAUGGAAAAAGAAAGAGGAGAGAAAAGAUCUGAGCUCAUGGCACACGUAGCCUGUAUGAAGGAAAGCUGGUUCAACUCCAUUGCCCUGGCUCGUCAGAACCAAACCUUGACAAAAGAGCAGCUGCACCACUGGAGAAUCUACCACUGUGGAUUGAAACUUUUGAGGAAGUUGCUGACGGAUGUUGACUCUUUGCUGCCCCCCACUGGACCUUCUCUGUGUACGCUGCAACAGCUACAGAACUGUGCUAAUAAUUACCAGUGCGCAGAACAGUCUCUGGGUCUGCACUCUCCUGUGUACACUCAGACACUGGAGGCUGGCAAACAUUUGUGUGAAACCAUGACAGAGCCGGAGAGUCAGAAUCGACUGCAAUCAGAGCUUCUGGCCAUAGAGGAGGCCUGGGAGCGAAGUUCCUCACUGGUGAGGAGAAGAAGAGAUCUGGUUCAUAACACUGUCCAGAUGUGGUCUGAGUGUCAGGAUGGAAUAACCAACAUCAUGUCUGAACUUGAUGAGCUGAAGCUGAAGCUACCACUGUCUGAAGGACUGGAGGACUCUGAGGAGGAAGUGCUUAUUCAGGAGACUGAGCUCUCUCUGCAGCGAUUAGCUGGUGGAUUGAAGGAACUGGUCACCAUGAAGACGGACCUGUCCCAGUACGUCGUGGCCAGUGACUCGGCUCUGCUGGAGCAGCAGCUGGAGCAACUACACAGUCAAUGGGAAGAGCUGUGUAUGAAGGUAUCCUUGCACAGACAGGAAAUUGCAGAUCGCCUCAAUGCCUGGACCAUUUUCAAUGACAAGAACAGGGAGUUCUGUGAUUGGCUGACUCAGAUGGAGAACAAGGUGUGCCAUAGUGGAGAUCUGAGCAUCGAGGAAAUGGUGGAGAAACUGAAGAAGGACUGCAUGGAGGAAAUCAACCUGUUCAGUGAGAACAAGAGCCACUUGAAGCAGCUGGGAGAGCAGCUGCUCUUAGCCAGUGACGAGGCCAAACAGAGCCAGGUCCACGGCUCACUGCAGGAGGUCAACCAGCGUUGGCACAACCUCUUCCACCACAUCGAAGCCAGGGUGAAGAAGCUGAAGGAGACUCUGGUGACAGUGCAGCAGCUGGAUAAGAACAUGAGUAAUUUGCGCUCGUGGCUUUCUCGCAUCGAGGCCGAACUGUCCAGACCCAUCACCUACAGCGUCUGCCAUGAACAGGAGAUCCAGAGGAGGCUGGCUGAGCAGCAGGAGCUGCAGAGAGACAUUGAACAGCACACUGAAGGCGUAGCAUCAGUGCUCAGUCUGUGCGAUGUUCUGCUGCGGGAUGAAGAUGCUGCUGGCGGCACUGAGGCAGAGAGUGACUCCUUGCAGGAAACCAGCCGCAGCUUGGACCAGCGCUGGAGGACCAUCUGUGCUAUGGCUCUGGACAGGAGGCUCAGGAUCGAGGAGACAUGGACACUGUGGUGCAAGUUCCUCAAUGACUACUCCCGAUUUGACGACUGGCUCAAGAUGGCUGAGAGAACUGCUGCUAACCCCAACUCUGCAGAUGUCCUUUUUACUGUCGCCAAGGAGGAGCUCAAGAAGUUUGAGGGUUUCCAAAGGCAGGUUCAUGAGUGGCUGACCCAGCUUGAGCUGGUGAACAAUCAGUACCGCCGCCUGGCCCGGGAGAACCGCACUGACAGGGCCAGCCAGCUCAAAGCCAUGGUCCACGAAGGCAACCGGCGCUGGGACACUCUGCACCGAAGAGUGGCUGCCAUCCUCCGCAGGCUCAAGUAUUUUACCAGCCAGAGGGAGGAAUUUGAAGGCACCAGGGAAAGCAUGCUGGUUUGGCUGACUGAGCUGGACCUGCAGCUCACCAACGUUGAACACUUUUCAGAGAGCGAUGUCCAUCACAAGAUACAGCAGCUCAAUAGUUUCCAGAAGGAGAUCACCCUGAACACUGAGCGCAUUGAUGGACUAAUCGUGUUUGGAGAGGGCCUGAUCCAGAGGAGUUCACCGCAGGAUGCAGCGCUGAUAGAGGAUGAGCUGGAGGAACUGCACUCCUACUGCCAGGAGGUUUUCAGCCGACUGGUCCGCUUCCACCAGCGUCUCAGCCAUCCUCCUCAGAGCAGAGAAGAACCAGAGCUCUCUGCUACCACCUUUUCUCUGGAGUCCAGCUUGGAGCUGAUUGGCCGGCCGUGGCUGGGACGGAACCUCGGCAGCCUCCCGGCCACACCCACCCACCUGCUGACCUCACCCCUCGAGCGUUCAGGGAGGGAGACACCAGCGAGUGUGGACUCCCUGCCUUUGGAGUGGGACCACACCGGAGAUGUGGGAGGGUCAUCAUCGCAUGAGGACGAUGAAGAAGAGGAAGCAGAUGAUGAAGAAGGACCCUAUUUCAGUGCAUUGUCAGUUUGCAGCAGGUCUAUGGCUGUACAUGAGCCUCCAAGAUGGCGACCACCAGCAGACACAGAAACUCAGCUUGACACAGAGGGGAACCUUGAGACACCCACCCUUACCAGCACCCCUCUAAAACACAACUAUCUGCGUCUCAUGUCUCAGUGCAGCGGCAGUAUCGAGAAUAUUAAGAGAGUCUCGCUGAUCCUGGAUGACGAGGAGCAGCCGGAGGAGUUCGGUCUGACAGGACUGACUGUCUCAGACAAACAGUCAGGUGUGAUUGAACGCUGGGAGCUGCUUCAGGCUCAGUCCAGAUGUAAUCAGCAGGUCGGCUCUCAGGAGCCUCAAACACCCACAUCAGAUCUGGAUGACAUCACUUCCUGGUUAGAAAACGUGAUCCUGGAGCUGAAGCACCUCAAGCACUCCGACCCAGCAGCCAGUAUCGAGGACAUGGAGGCCAGAGCCAAAGAACUAAAGGAGAUGCAGAAAAUGUUUGCUCACUACAAGUCUAUCAUGCUGUCUGUCAACCUGUGGACUGAGGAAGCUCCAGAACUGCAGAACAGACUGAUGAGUAUGAACAGAGACUGGAGCAGAGUGUGUACAGGCCUCCAGCAGUGGGAUAGCAGUCUGAGGAAGACGCUGAUGCGCUGCCAGGAGUUUCAUGAAACCCUGCACUCUCUGCUGCUGUGGCUGGCUCAUGCAGAGAGCAGACGCUAUGCAGUGGACAUCAGCCACCCAGACAUAACUGCCAGAGCCCUGCAACAACACAGCAGCACGCUCACCGAUUUGCGGGAGGAGCUGCGAGGCAGGCAGGCCCAGCAGGCCUCCCUUCAGGCUCUGUGGUCUCAGCUCCAGCCUGAAGACGGGGCAGAAGAGAGCGACGAGGCCCAGGAGAAGCUCCACGUGACGGGCAGCAAGUUGAAAUUGCUCCUGAGGCAGGUGGACCAGGACCUCAGCACCCUGCAACAGCGUCUGGAUUGUGAAUCUGCAUCAGCUGUUGAAGCCCAAAAUGCAUCAUCAGACACAUUUCAGGAGUCGGUACAUUCAAAGAAAAGUUCCUCCUCUCAAAGAGAAAUGAGGGACUCUGCUCGGCCUCGGUCCUUCUUCUACCGGGUCCUUCGUGCCGCCUUCCCCCUUCAGCUCCUCUUGCUGCUCCUGCUGCUCCUCCCCUGUCUGAUCCCCGUGUCAGAGAGCGACCCCAGCUGCACUGUGGCCAACAACUUUGCCCGCUCCUUCUACCCCAUGCUACACUACACCAACGGCCCACCGCCCACCUGAUUCAGCUGCAUGAAAAGAGACAUUUUCUAAAGAAUACAGAGAAACACAUGGCACCUUUCUGUCACAGUGAAACAUGUACUGACAUAUAAAAUUGAUAAUAUCAUUCAAAGUGUUUAUUUAAGUGUCUAUUUGUAAAUUUUUGACCUUGCAGAUUAGUGUAUGUGUUUCAUGAAGAUGAAGAAAAUCACACAUUUGACUAACUUUCAGUCAGUACAGAACCAUCCAUCCAUCCAUUAUCUGUGCACCACUUAAUCCUCAUCAGGGUCACAGGGGGCUGGAGUCUGUCCCAGCUGACUUAGGGUAAAGACAGGGGACACCUGGACAGGUCAUCAGUCUAUCACAGGGCUACACAGAGAGACAGACAAUCACACUCACAUUCACACUCACAGACAAUUCAGAAUCACCAAUUAACCUCAGCAUGUUUUUGGACUGUGGGAGGAAGCUGGAGAACCCAGAGAAAACCCACACAUGCACAGAGAGAACAUGCAAACUCCAUGCAGAAAGAUCCCAGGCUCAGACCUGGACGCGAACCAGGGAUCUUAUAGCUGCAAGGCAACAGUGCUAACCACCGAGCCACUGUGCAGCCCUUAAGUGAACCAAAAGGUAAAUAUUUUCAAUUCGUAUUGUGAAGAUCUUGACAUCGUCCAAGACAUUCGCCAGAAGACCAGCCACAGCUCCCUGAGGAGUCACAGAUGAGGUCUGGCAGAGGGGUAAAGCAUCACAUACUUAGCAGCAGCUUGAAGAUGUAGAAUAACCAGCAAAUUAGUUACAAUAUCCCUAAACUAGAGUGAUCAUUAGAUGACAGAAGAGUCAGUGAAUAUAUUCCAGGGAGUUCACUGAAUAAUAACUGAGGGGUGGAGGUGUAACUAAUCAAGUAAGUUGAUGUAAUCACAUUUUUUUUUCUGCUUGAGAAGAGAAAAGCUUCUUUUAAAUGAUAAUCACAUCAUUAUGUCUGAUGUUAUUGUCCCUGUUUGACUGAACAUUUUAUUUUUUACAACAAAAGAAACACUGCUUAAAUUUGGCUGUAUUCUAUAAAAGAUGAACAGAAGAAAAUGUCAGUUUUAUACACAUACUUGUAUAUUCAUAUUUUUGUAGAUGUGAUUUGUCUUGUGUAGAUUGUGAACACACAUUACCAUAUCUUCUGGUGCACUGUUAAAACAUUGUGGAUUUAGUAGGAUGUUUACGUACAGAAUGUAAUAAUAUAAUGCUUAUUUAUAACAUCAAGACAUGGAUUUAUGAGCCUGAUUUUCUAGUAGUAAACAAUGAUUGUCUCAGAUCAGCUGCUGAAAGACUUUUUCAUUUCUAAUUUCAAAUCCCCAAAAAUUGCUUAGUGAAAUGCUGAAUUUCAGACACUUGAUUUAUUGAAAUGUAGUUUGGUUAAGAUGAUCAUUUUAGAUUACCAAGAUAAAACCGAACAAUUUUAAACUAAAUAAAUUAAAGUUAAGGUUAAAUUAAAUGUAUUCUUGAUGCUGAAAUCUGUAGUUUGGCAAAAAUAAAUAAAAAUCUUAACCCAU